CACUAAGUCCGACAUAUGCGCAUUCAUACCAGUGAAUUGCCUUUUAAAUGCAAUAUUUGUGCGAAAGGAUUUACUGAAAAGAGUAAACUGAAAAGGCACAUGAGAACUCACGCAAAACAAUUCCCGUUCCAAUGCUCGAUUUGUCGACAAGGAUUCACAGUGAAACGGACAAAGGAGACGCACGAGAAAAACUGCAAUCCACGGCGAUUUGAAUGUUACUUGUGCAAAUAUGAUACAUUCAACAAAACACACAUAGUCGAUCAUAUGUGCAUUCAUACCGGAGACAGACCAUUCCGAUGUUCUCAUUGUGCGAAACGAUUCGCCAAGAAAUCUGAUUUAGAAUCGCACUUAAAACGACUUAAUGGCAAAGCGAAAGCACAAGUUCAAGAACUUUUCACUGUUGAAGAACGGCUGGAGAACGAAACCAAUUCAAAUGGCACUGAACAACAGAAUGGAGCGACAUCAGGCGUAGAAUCCAAAACAAAAUGUGAGUUUUGUAAUUAUGUGGCCAAACAUCCAUCAGAUCUGAUAAGGCACAGACGCAAACACACUGGCGGCAAACCAUUUGAAUGCAACAUUUGUGCGAAAGGAUUUACUACAAAGCAGAGUCUGAACAAGCACAUGAGAACUCACGCAAAACAAUUCCCAUUCCAUUGCUCGAUUUGUCGACAAGGAUUCACGGUGCAACGGACAAAGAUUGCGCACGAGAAAAGCUGCAGUCGACAACUAUUUGAAUGUUACUUGUGCAAAUAUGACACCAUACGUAAAGAAAAUUUAGUCAGACAUAUGCUCACUCAUACCGCAUCAUUCCGAUGCUUCCAUUGUUUCAAGCUAUUCACCACAAAGUCUACUUUAAAAUCUCACUUAACUAAAAACGAAAUGAAGUUACAGAAUGAAAAGGUUUUGACUGUCGAAGAAUGUCUAGAGAAAAUGUAAGUACAAAUUUGUUCAAAGCACAAGAAACUAGAUCGAAAAAAUGUCACCACUUAACGGGUUUAAUUAAGACGAAAUGUAUUUUACUAAUAUUACGAAUAUAAAAGUAUUCCCUUUCAAAGAGAAUUAUUGUUUAAAAUGAUAAGUUCUUCCAAAGAAUAAA